UCUUAUUCGUCCAUGCUGUUCGGCUUCGUUGCUUCACAGGAGUUGUUGUGAUUGCACGAGUCGCUUCUUGGUCUCCUUCGUUGCUUCGCAGGAGGAGGUGUUGAGAUUGCGCGAGUCGCUUCUUGGUCUCCUUCGUUGCGUCGCAGGAGGUGUUGAGAUUGCGCGAGUCGCUUCUUCGGCUCCUUCGUUGCUGUUCGACUUGGCUACUUCGUUGCUGCUCGACUUCGCUCCUUCGACGACGUUCCCUUCUUGUCGGAUCGGACGCUACAACAUUUUAAUCUGAAGCAACGACGGGAGCUUCCUCUCGUUCGCCGUGAAGAAUUUGAGGGAUAAAAGUUCAAGCUUCAGUUUCAUUAAAUUUUAUGAUGUCGGAUCUGGUGGAUUCUGCAGGAGAAAGCUUGCCCAAGUCUCGGCAAACUGCAACGGAGCAUGUAAAGCAAUUGCAAAGGCUCCAAGAAAAGGAUCCAGAUUUCUAUCAGUACUUGAAAGAAAAUGAUAAAGAGCUCUUGGAGUUUAAUGAUGAAGAUAUCACAGAGGAUGAAGUAUCUGAUUUGGAGGAUGUGGAUUCUGAAGUUACUGCUGAGAAGCUUCAGACAAGAGGGCCCAAAGUGAUUACCACUACAAAUGUUGACACCUGGUGUACAUCAAUUAAAGAAAAAAGAAGUCUUGGUGCGAUCAGGUCAAUGCUUCGAGCUUUCAGGACGGCAUGCCAUCAUGGUGAUGAUGCUGAAGAUGGUUCAGGACUGAAGUUUACCAUACUUUCCAGUAGCGUGUUCAAUAAAAUAAUGGUAUUUGCUCUAAAUGAGAUGGAUGGAAUUCUAAGAGAAUUGUUGGAAGCUCCAAGCACGGGAGGAAAGAGGGAAACAAUACUAGAUCUAAUGACUACUAAAGCUUGGAAGGCUCAUGGGAGUUUAAUGAGGUUAUAUCUUGGUAAUGCGCUCCAGAUAUUGAAUGAAAUGACUGAUGAGCAGAUGAUCUCCUUCACAUUGAAACGAAUCAAAGCAUCAGCGGUGUUUUUGGGAGCAUUCCCUGUGCUUUUAAGAAAAUAUAUUCGGGUUGUGCUUCAUACAUGGGGUACUGGAACAGGUGCACUUCCGGUGGUUUCUUUUUUAUUCCUGAGAGACUCGUGUGUGCGGCUUGGUUCGGAUUGUCUUGAUUCAUGCCUUAAGGGUGUGUAUAAGGCCUAUGUAAUGAAUUGUAAAUUACCAAAACAUAUUAGUAGGUCAAAGUUACAGCACAUCAAUUUUCUUGGAAAUUGUAUCAGUGAAUUGUAUGGUUUGGAUCCAAUAAGCGCCUAUCAACAUGCCUUUGUUUCUAUUCGUCAACUAGCAGUAAUAUUACGUGGUGCCCUCAACGAAAGGGGUCCUCAGAAGGUCGUAAAAGGGAAAAAGAAAGUAAAGAACCAGCAAGAGAGCAGUAAACUUUCAAAGAAACAAGUUGAGAAAACAUACCAGAAGGUUUAUGAUUGGCAGUUUCUUUUUUGCCUCGAACUGUGGACGAAAGUUAUUUGUGCCUACAAUUCAGAAGCUGAUUUUGGACCUUUAGCAUAUCCUCUCACUCAAAUAAUUUCUGGGGUGGCUAGUUUGGUGCCAUCUGCUCGCUACUUUCCGCUUCGUUUACGAUGCAUAAAAAUGCUAAACCGUAUAGCUGGUGCAAAUGGUACAUUCAUACCAGUUAAUACACUUUUGCUCGAUAUGCUAGACAUGAAGGAGUUGAAUAGGCCUCCAACUAGCGGUGUUGGUAAAUCUGUUGAUAUGCAUAGUGUUAAACAGUUGGACAAGUUGACUUUGAAGACCCGAGCUUUUCAGGAGGCGUGUAUACAUGUUGUUGUCGAAGAACUUGCUGAACAUCUGGCUCAGUGGAGUUACUCUCUUGCAUUCUUCGAGCUGUCUUUCAUUCCACUGGUACGGUUGCGAAGCUUUUGCAAAUCGACCAAAGUUGAUCGGUUUCGGAGAGAAAUAAGAGAAUUCAUACAUCAGCUGGAAGCCAAUUGUGAUUUUACAGUGUCAAGACGUAAUGGAAUUGGUCUUUCACCUAGUGACCUUGCAGCAACAUCGCCUGAGGCUGACAAGAAGUCCAAAGACAGCCCUCUCUUGCAAUUUGUUUCUAAUUUGCGACUGCGAGUUCAACAGAGAGAUGACUCCAUAGUGGAAUCCAGUGUUCUGGUGGGAUCAGAAUCUUCCGUAUUUUCCACCAAGUUUUCUGAGGCUGACCAACAAGCAUAUGAAGGAGAUGAAGAGGAGGGCGCAGCAGCAUUCAGCUCAUCCUGGAUGCCUGAUAAGAAAUCCAAGUCUACUAAGCAGAAACCGAAGCUCUUAAAGAAACAUGAAGGUGAACAUGAACAUAACAGAGCGUUGAACAACGAGGAUGUGGUGGAGGAUCUCGUCCUAAGUUCCGACGAAGACAACGAUGAAGAAGAUAACAAUAAUGAUGCCUAUGGCCAUGAUGAAGCGAUGAUUACCAACUACUCUCCUGAUGGCCAAGAAUCACAUGAGGGCAAAACAAAGAAGAUCAAAAAGCGAAAGAGAAGGAACCUUCCAACUCAGAACAGGAAGAAAGAGAUGGCCGGUGGCAAGUCAAAGAGAAAAGACCGCCCUGUAAGAAAAAGGAGCUAAAUAGUCGGCUAUUCUCAUCAAGUGGAUGACUUUCUGCAAUUUUUGUAGGACAAAUGCAUUAAAUAUGAUAUUUAUUUGUUCACUCGUGAUCUUGUUCAAUGCCUAUUGAAUAUUUUUGUUGAGCGCAA